AUUAUUUGUUGUGAAUUAUUUGUUUCUCUGCAGAGUCCAUUGCUCGUUCGUUUUAUCGUCUUUGGUAUUAGAACGACUCGUUUUUUUCUGUUACGUUCAAUCUCAUCUGUCCUUAUUGCUCGUGUAUGCGACUGCAAUGGCCAAAUCCUUCAUCUCUGAAGCAAGCAACCCAACUCCACGCGCGACUCAUCGUCGCUGGAGCUCUCGUCCAUCCCCCGUCCACAACCCUUCUGCUGAAAUGCCUCACUGGCUUUUCCGAUCGCUCUGCCGAUCUCUCCUAUGCCCUAAAUUUCUUCUUUCAAAUCCCGGACCCGUCCGCUUUUCAGUGGAACACCAUCAUCCGGACUUGUUCUAGGAACCAUCGCCCCAGGGAAUCCCUCCAUUUGUACCACCAAAUGCGUCGAAAGGAUGUACCGCCCGACGCUUACACCUUUCAGUUCUUGUUCAAAUCCUGUGGCCUCUCGGCUUUCGUUCUUGAGGGGCAGAUGGUGCAUGGUGUUUCCGUCAAACUCUUUCCCGAACGCUACGGCCACAUCGCGAAUUCUUUGGUCCAUAUGUAUAUUGAAUUCGGGUGGAUCGAUGAUGCGAUGCGGGCAUUUGGACCGAUUGUCCAGAAGGAUGUUGUCUCGUGGACAACGAUCAUCGGAGGUCUUGUGAAGUUUGGCUCGGUGGAUGAAGCUCGGAAGUUGUUUGACAAAAUGCCUGUGAGGAAUGUGGUCUCGUGGACGAGUAUGAUAGCAGGCUAUGCUAAAGCCGGAAGGGCUGAGGAAGCUGUUCAGCUUUUCAAGGAGAUGCUAUCCGAUGAUGUCACGCCGGACACUGUAGCCAUGGCUGCUGUCCUAUCAGCAUGUGCGCGGUUGCGGGAUCUGAAAUUGGGCAAGUGGAUUCAUCAGCUUGUCAUCGAGAAGAGAAUUGGAAUCAGUAGCAAUCUCGCAGUCGCCCUAAUUGAUAUGUAUGCAAAGGGUGGAGAUAUCAAGUCUGCUUAUCAGAUUUUCGAUUCGAUGGAUCACAAGAUUGUACCAGCUUGGAAUGCUAUCAUUGACGGGUACUGCAAGAUGGGCGACAUAGACAUAGGUCGCUCGCUCUUUGAACAGAUGGAUUCCCCUGAUAUCAUCUCAUUCAACGCAAUGUUGACCGGGUACAUCCAGAGCAGUAGGCUUAAGGAAGCAUUGCUCUUGUUUGCAAAACUGCAGAUGUCUGGCUUGCGGCCAGAUAAGUUCACAUUGGUAGGCUUGCUCACAGCUUGUGCUAAUUUAGGUGUGUUAAGCAAAGGCAAAGUCUUGCAUGCUUAUGUUGAGCAGGGACUGGUAAAGCGUGAUGUUUUUCUUGGUACUGCAUUACUGGACAUGUAUGCAAAAUGUGGGAAGAUGGAUCAAGCAAUGUUAGUUUUCAAUAGGAUGGAGGAAAGGGACGCACAGACUUGGACUGUGAUUAUUUCAGGCCUUGCAAUGAAUGGAAUGGGAAAGCAUGCACUUGAGCAUUUCUGUUUGAUGAAGAAUAAGGGUUUAAGACCCAAUGCAGUAGCUUAUGUCAGUGUUCUGACUGCAUGCAGUCAUUCAGGUCUUUUAGAGGAGGGACACAUGUUUUUUGAUGAGAUGAGUAGUCUAUACAGCAUCAAACCUGAGAUUGAGCACUACGGAUGCAUGGUAGAUUUGCUUGGUCGUCGUGGACGUUUGCAAGAGGCAAUUGAACUUAUUGAAACCAUGCCGAUGGAACCAAAUGCAGUUAUAUGGGGGUCCAUGUUAAGUGCCUGCAGGCUAUACAAGAACACAGAGUUAGCAGAGAAAGCAACAAAGCAUCUCCUUGAGUUAGAGCCACAAGAGGAUGCUGUAUAUGUCCAGUUAUACAACAUAUACAUUGAUAAUAAAAGGUGGGCAGAUGCUUACAAGAUCCGGCGCUUGAUGGAAGAGAGGGGCGUUAAAAAGACUGCAGGUUAUAGCUCGAUUACAGUAGGGGGACAGGUACACAAGUUCAUUGCUGGUGACCAGAUGCACCCAGAUAUUAUGGAGAUUCAAUCUAUGAUAGGUGAGAUGGCGGAGAGAUUGAAAUUGGCAGGUUAUUCACCAAUCACAGAACAGAUAUCCGUGGAAAUGGACGAGGAGGAAAAGGAACAGGCAUUGUUUACUCAUAGUGAGAAGAUGGCAAUUGCUUUCGGAAUCAUGAAAUUGCCAUCCAAUUUGCCAAUUCAUGUUCUGAAGAACUUAAGGGUAUGUGAGGAUUGUCAUUCUGCAAUCAAGCUAAUAUCCAAGAUCUGGAAUCGAUACAUUGUGGUCAGAGAUAGGAGCCGUUUCCACCAUUUUCGAGAUGCCCAUUGCUCUUGCAAUGAUUUCUGGUGAUCCAUUGGAUGGUUAUGCUGGUAUCCUCUAGUCAGAGUGACACAUUCUGGACAGAUUGGAGCCAUUUUAUGCGAUCUCCAAUAUUUGCAUUGCGCUCACAAUGAUUUCUGGCAAUCAUUAUAGAAAUUUCGAAGUUGUUCUAGAGCAGUUCACCCUACCAAAGAAUCUGAUGGUGUCUUCAGACCCAAGAUACAUGCUCAAGUCUGCCGCAUAAGCACAUCUUAACAUGGUAGUCAUGGCUGUUAGCCUCAAGCCUAUGCAGGUCAAAUUAGAGCCAGAUCCUGCCUAAGGACGGAUUCAAGUUUUGUACCAGAUCAGACCAAAAUCAGGUUCUUUCAAGAUUUUUGAACUCUGCAUCACUGGUGUUGACUGUAGUGAGGCCUCAUUUCAAAAUGUCUGGUUUAGGUUUGAAUGAACUCAGGGCUGAAAACUGAUUCUUCCAGGGAAGUUCCGGUUCGAGCAAGCUUAAGCAAUAAGGCAGAUGAUAUGGUAAAGUUGAUUUCCAGAGUUAGUUUUUAAGGAGUACCAACAAAUGCAAAAAGAUAUAUUGAUUUGCCCAACACCGUGCCUCUCGUGCAUGGUAGUGAACCACUACAAGCUAGAGAGAACAUCAUCAUCGGCUGCAACCUCGGCAGUAUUGGUUGCAAAGGUGGACUCAUCACCGUGGAGCUUCCGAAGCAACUGCUCCAGAAAGAUGAAAAGUAAUUUGAUUCGAGGACACGUCCUUUUCUUCUUCUUCUUCGUCACUUAAAGAAAUGAAAAAGCUUGGCCUUUCUUCUUUGUUUGGGAGAGAAAGCCAUCAUGGACGGACUGAGAAGGAUGGA